AUGAGGAUGGAUAAUGAGAGCACAGUAUCUGAGUUCAUCCUCCUGGGGCUUCCCAUUCGGGCAGAGGACCAAGGCAUGUACUUUGCCCUGUUCCUGACCAUGUACCUGACAACUGUGCUGGGAAACCUGCUAAUCAUUCUGCUCAUCAGGCUGGACUCUCACCUCCACAACCCCAUGUACUUCUUCCUCAGCCACUUGGCUUUCACAGACAUCUCUUUCUCAUCGGUCACAGCUCCAAAGAUGCUCAUGAAUAUGCUGACACACUUUCAGUCUAUCUCAUAUGCUGGGUGCAUUUUCCAGGUAUAUUUUUUUGCAAUAUUUGCUGAUCUUGAUAGCUUUCUUCUGACUUCAAUGGCCUAUGACAGGUAUGUGGCUAUCUGUCACCCUCUGCACUAUUCACAAACUAUGAGUCAGAGCCUCUGUGUUCUUCUAGUAGUUGUAUCCUGGGCCCUAUCCACAGUCAAUGCGCUGGUACACACCCUUCUCUUGGCUCGCCUAUCUCACUUCAGAGACAAUACCAUCCCCCAUUACUUCUGUGACCUCUCUGCUUUGCUGAAGCUGUCCAGCUCAGAUACCACCAUUAAUGAGCUGGUCAUCCUUGUUUUAGGUAAUGUGGUCAUUACCCUGCCAUUCAUAUGCAUUCUGGUCUCUUAUGGCCACAUUGGAGUCACUAUUCUGAAAACUCCCUCAAUCAAAGGAAUCUGCAAAGCCUUGUCCACAUGUGGGUCUCACCUCUGUGUAGUUUCCUUGUACUAUGGAGCCAUUAUUGGGCUAUAUUUUGUCCCCUCAUCUAAUAACACUAAUGACAAGGAUGCCAUUGUGGCUGUGAUGUACACUGUGGUUACGCCCAUGCUGAAUCCCUUCAUUUAUAGUCUGAGGAAUCAGGAUAUGAAAGGAGCACUAAAACAUAUUCUUAGCGGGAGACUGUGUUCACAAUGA